CUCAAUCGACAACUGUAUCCUCACCUCACUUCAACCACCACCACCACCACCAACAUCAACGACGUCGAGCGUGCCCGCAGACGACGACAUCCACGACGAGCGAACCCCCAACGCCCCACACGCGCGGUUCAGUUCAUCCCAUAGACUCCGUCCGUCGUCGCCCUCGCUCACCCCCAUCCGAAUCCCUCCCCCAUCAAGACAUACAAACACAUAUACACACACACACGGCCCACGAUGUCGCACCCCCGCAUAGAAGAGGUCGAGGACAGCGACCUGGAGGCCUCGGACCCCUCCGAGGGCGACAUUGACGACUUCAGCGACAACGAUAUCAUGCGCCGCGUCGAACCAAAGUCCUCGGCGGCGUCGCAGAUCAGACCGGCCAACAUGCCACCCGCGGCCGCGCCGCGCCCCGGAGCCCCGGGCUCCGAGUUCCAGACGACCAACGACGCGAAGCAGUACGCCGACUUCCAGUGCCUGUACCCGGUGUACUUUGACGCGCGCCGCACUCGCGCCGAGGGCCGCCGCGUGCCCAAGUCGCUCGCCGUCGCGAACCCCAUCGCCCGUGAGAUCGUCAACGCCUGCGCGGCCCUCCGGCUGCCGACCCUCUUCGAGCCCGCAAAGUUCCACCCCAAGGACUGGGCGAACCCCGGCCGCGUCAAGAUCCGCAUCCGCUUCGGCGGCGAGUCCGGCCGCGGCCGCGACGGCGGCGCCGCCGCCCCGGGCCACCGCCCCCCCGGCAUGCCAGAUAUCAAGAACAAGCACCACCUGUUCGUCCUCGUCGCGCGCCACCUGCAGGCGAACCCGACGACGGAGCAGAGCGCCGCCCUCCGCGCCCGCGUCCAGGGCGCCCCGGCCCCCGACCCGAGCAAGCCCUGGCCGAGGCCCGCCGUGCCCCGCGGCUGGAAGAUGGGCGAGCUGCUGCCGUACAUCAGCCCCGCCAUGACCGGCGGCGGCGUCAGCGAGAACCUGUUCAAGGACAUGAUGAAGGAGAUGCAGGGCGGCGGGGACCCGAUGGCCGCGCUCAUGCAGCAGGCUGGCGGCGGCGGCGGCGGCGCCGCCGCCGCCGAGGAGAAGGCGGGCAAGAAGAAGAAGGGCAAGGGCAAGGCAUGAUCCGGAACUUCGGCGUCACAAAGGGACUGAGCUUUCUAGUUGGCGGCGGAGGGUGGGGACUUGCAGCAUAUCUGAACCUCGGGGUUUACUUUUUCCUCAACUCGUUGGAGAGAGAGAGAGAGAGAGAGAGAGAAAAGAAAGGUAAAACAACACUGGCAUGCCGCAAAGGCUAACCCGGACGAGCGGGACCGGCCAGCGUCACGGAGGCACAAGAAGACGUAAAAAGAUCAAUAGAACGAGAGCCGUACAAAAAAAAGACGUAUGAAACCCGAGUCAGCAUAGGAGGGAUAGGGAAAGGAUUCCUGGAAUAAGGAU